UGAAAAUUAUCCAGUUUUUACAUUUGGUUCAAUUCUUUUAUUGUGUAUACAUUUUGUUUGUUUCUUUUUUAUACAUCUAAAAGGGAAAAAAAAUAGGGGAAAUCUCAUAAAAUAUACAUUUAUUAUUAUGAGUCAACAAAAAAACUCUCAGAAACCACAAAAAUCAAUGAGAAAUAAUACAAAUUCAACAAACAAGUUAUCAACAACCCGAAAAAGGUCAUAUUCCUUAUCUUCCUCAUCUUCUGAAUCACCUUCUUUAUCAACUGUAUUAAAAAAUCCACAACAAAUAUUUUCGAACUCUUCCUCAGCAGCCAGUUCAUCUGAUUCUUCUUAUUCAAUAUUGUCAAAUGAUGUAAAAAAGAAAAGAGUAUUAUCAAUACCAUCAGCGACUUUAGCAACAAAAAGACCUACCGUAAAUAAAAGUGGUAGUAAUACAGAUAGCUCUUCUGAAAGCAAUACGUCACCAUUUCAAUUAUCAGCUUUAUCUUCUUCUUCGUCUUCAACUGGCUCAUUUCUUACAACUCCUAAGAAUAAUAAUAUAGUAUCAUCACCUACUAAACUAACUGCUCAAAGAUCUGUUCCUGCCUUUCUUAACAAGCUGUACAAUAUGGUUGACGAUAUAACUACAAAUGAUUUGAUUAGGUGGUCAGAAAAUGACAAUUCUUUCAUUGUUGAAAAGCAUGAAGAAUUUGCAAAGACAGUAUUACCUAGAUUCUACAAACACAACACAUUUGCAUCCUUUGUACGGCAACUCAAUAUGUAUGAUUUCCACAAGGUACCUCAUCUUCAGCAAGGUGUUCUUAUAGCAGAAAGCGAGCAUGAAAUAUGGGAAUUUAGUAACCCAAAUUUUCAGCGUGGUCGACCUGAUCUCCUUAUCUUUGCUACUCGUAAACGUAAUCGUGAUCGUGAUAUAGUAAAUGAUAUAGCGAACGAUAGUGUCAAUGUUAUGCAUUUUGUUCAAGACAUUGCUACUCUCAAACAACAGCAAACUAAUCUUGGUAAUGAAUUGAAAGACCUUCAUCGUGAUAAUGAAAUCCUCUGGCAAGAAACGUUAAAUGCUAGAGAAAAAUAUCAACGACAUCAAAAUACGAUUGAAAAAAUUCUUCAGUUUUUAACCAGCAUCUUUUCUAAUAACAAUUUAGCCAUUAGUAUGAAUAAUGCAGAAUUACUUCCUAAAGGACUUAUUGAAGAAGCUGCAUCCUUAGCUGGCACAUCUACUAGUAAACUUAUGAAUAGCAAUGGAGCAGAUGCAAUAAAUUCACCAACAAUACCUACAUCCACUUUGACCGAUAUUCUAUCGUCUGUGUUGCAACUACAUAAUGAUAAUAAUACGCAUAAUAUGAGAUCUCCUAAUUUCUCAAAUAAGAAUUCAAACUUUCAACAAAAAAUAGGAGAUGAUACUACUGAUAGCUAUAAUAAUUUUACUCAAAGACAAUAUCCUCAUUCUAAUAGCAAUAUCACUCCCAGCCCUCCACCUGAGAGCACACCAUUAUCAUUUUAUGCUACAGAUUCUAGUCAGCAACAGACCCAUGAUAUGCAUACAAACAAAACACGACCCAAUUUGGUUGACUUUUCUAAAACUUUGAAUACAGCUACACAGUCAGCUCAAACCAUUGCACAAGAUAUUGAUAUGCUUCAAGUUAAUAUUGAAUCGUUAGCCAAUAAUCUUAGUAUUGAUCCUAGUCAGUUUGAUGAUGAAAAUCUAGAACAUUAUUUUCCAUCACAAAAUGAUUGUCAUAAUUACAAUAUGUUCAAUAAUACACCAUUUCAUUCUACAAUAGAUAAGCCUGUCAUAGCUACAAACAAUACUGUAUUUAAUUUCGCAACUACGUACCAACAAGCUAAUUCAGCGUUACCCCAUCCUCAAUCACAGCGUCGACAAAGAAGACCUUUACAAGCACAAGUAAGAUCCACCUUGGUCAAUCCACUUUCAAUAGCUACUACAGCAACACCAAUAGCAACAACAACAACAACGACAUCAUCAUCACCACCACCACCACCAUCGCUACAGCAACCAUCAGAAGCAUCUACUUUUGCUAUUAUGCAACAGGAUUUUACGAAUCAUGCUAUACCCCUGAUGAAAUCAUCUGAAAUGACUCAUAAUGAAUACAAGCAUCAUCAGCCUUUUAUGACCACGACAAUUCCUUCUACUUCAUUUAUACCUAAUACCGUUGGUGUUGAAUUUGUAAGUAUGGGUGCCAAUCAGCGAAUUCCCACUAGAGCUAACAUUUUACCCGAUCAUUAUUCAACAACAAAUAAAGAAUCUGAUAUGCCUGAAAUUGUAAAUUCUGGUAUGAGAUAAGACCACCUAAAUCUUCAUAUUAUGAUGGAAAGUAAAUAUAUAAACACACUGUUAACGUUUUUCUUUCCGUCUACAAUAAGUUAUUUUAUUGUAACGGAAUUUGAACUUGAACACAUCUAUGCUAAUUCAUAGCUUUUUUUUUUUUAAGUAUGUCAUGUAUGUACAUAUUCUUUACUAUGUUCCCUUUUUAUUUAAUUAUGC